AAACGCGCAACUUAUCUUCCAUGAAGCGAGGACUGGUGUUAGAAAUUCAACGACACAACCUCAGGAGGUGGUCUGAAGAUUGAACCAACCACUCAUCCAAAGCCUUUCUAAAACCCUUUCUUUCUUUAUGCGGUCUUCUUGGCCUCAAAAUGCAAAUCUCUAGCCCUUUAUUCUCAUCACCUCACAAUGCUAAAAUCCCGUCACUUUUCCCUUUUCAGCACCUCCCCAGUAUUUUCCAUGGAAAAGGAAAACCCACAACAUUAACAACCCGUAAUUUUCAUUUCCUCCCUCUCAAAAUUAAAAACAAGCCCUUCAUCGUCAAAGCCUCCAGCUUUUUAUCAGAAAUCGGGCGUGCUAUUGAGGAAGAAGAAGACUACAGAAAGGCCCGUGCUGCUGUUAUCCGUAAAGGAAUUGACUUGGGAGGGUAUGCAAUUGAGGGUCUGUCCAUUGGAGGCCAAGAGACUUGUAUAAUUAUACCUGAGUUUAAGUGUGCUUUUGAUAUUGGGAGGUGCCCCACCAGAGCUAUUCACCAGAAUUUUGUCUUCAUCACUCAUGCCCAUCUUGAUCACAUUGGUGGGCUGCCAAUGUAUGUGGCUAGUCGUGGUUUGUACAGCUUAAAGCCUCCAACAAUAUUUGUCCCUCCGUGUAUCAAAGACGAUGUUGAGAAACUAUUUGACAUUCACAGGGCAAUGGGGCAAGUAGAGCUUAAUUUUGAUUUGAUUGCAUUGGAUGUGGGUGAAACAUAUGAAUUGCGGAAUGAUGUUGUGGUCCGGCCAUUCAGAACUCAACAUGUUAUACCCAGUCAGGGUUAUGUCAUCUAUUCGGUGAGGAAAAAAUUGAAGAAACAAUACAUUCAUCUCAAAGGAAAACAAAUAGAGAAAUUGAAGAAGUCUGGUGUUGAGAUUACAGACAUAAUAUUGUCCCCUGAGGUGGCCUUUACUGGAGAUACCACAGCAGAGUACAUGCUUGAUCCGCGUAAUGCAGAUGCGUUGAGGGCAAAAGUUCUAAUAACUGAGGCAACUUUCCUGGAUGAAGAUUUUACCACUGAGCAUGCACGACAGCGUGGCCAUACCCAUCUGUUUGAGAUUAUUGAAAAUGCCAAAUGGAUCCGGAGCAAAGCAAUCUUGUUGACUCAUUUCUCCUCCCGCUACAGUAUAGAGGACAUACGUGAAGCUGUGUUGAAGUUGCAAUCCAGGGUGUCAGCAAAAGUAGUUCCUCUGACAGAAGGUUUCAAAUCAAUGUACUCAUAGUGGAUACGAAAUUGUAGAAAAAUUUGCUAGUCUUUGUAAUUUAUUUGUUAAAUAGUGAGUUCUUUUUAAUCAGGAACUUGAAAUGUGACCUUAUGAUGAUUCAGAGAGAACUAAUCUGUACUUAUCCACUCAUUGGAACCAAUUAAAUUGGUGGUUAUGAGUGCAA